AUGGCCGCCUCCACCAUGUCUGUCUGCUCUGACGCUCGCACCAACUCCUCCUGGCAGGUAGACGACUGCCCAGAGAGCUUCUGUGAGCCCAGCUGCUGCCAGCCCAGCUGCUGUCAGCCCAGCUGCUGCCAGUCUAGCUGCUGUGUCCCCAGCUGCUGUCAAUCUAGCUGCUGUGUCCCCAGCUGCUGCCAGUCUAGCUGCUUGUGCAGUCCCUGCUGCCAAUCUGGCUGCAGCAGCUGCUGCACACCCUCAUGCUGCCAGCAGUCUAGCUGCCAGCCAGCUUGCUGCACCUGCUCCCCCUGCCAGCAGUCCUGCUGUGUGACUCUCUGCUGCAAGCCUGUCUGCUGCACACCCAUCUGCUCUGGCUCCUCCUCAUGCUGCCAGCAGUCUAGCUGCCAGCCCUCAUGCUGCCAGCCAUCCUGCUGUGUGCCUGUCUGCUGCAAGCCUGUCUGCUGCACACCCAUCUGCUCUGGCUCCUCCUCCUGCUGCCAGCCAUCCUGCUGUGCUCCUGUCUGCUGCAAGCCCUGCUCCAGCAUGUCCCUGCUCUGCCGCCCCGUGUGCAGACCCGCCUGCUGCGUGCCCACCUCCUCCUGCUGUGCCUCCUCCUGCCAGCCCAGCUGCUGCCGCCCAGCCUCCUGUGUGUCCCUGCUCUGCCGCCCUGCCUGCUCCCGCCCCACUUGCUGA